UGCGCACCAUCCUAGCCGAUAUUAUAAUAGAUCCGCUUCUGGGCACCGACUUGCUUUUAGGAGCACAGCUCCAUUACCGCGAUCCCAUUUGCCCAUCUUCUCCCGCUCGGUUCAAUCCAGUCCGAUUUCGUCUGCCCCAUCCCCAUCCCGUCCCCGCCUCUCGCCCAUUCCGCUAUAUCUCCCGGGCGCAGUCCGUUCCUACCCUCACUCGGUCUUCGAGAUGAUCCGAGCGGUGUGGUGAGAAGUACUUCGAAAUGGGUUCCAAGUAGUUGGAAAGCAGUGUGCACGAGUGAAAGCUAUACCUGUAGUGUUCCCAAGUGUUGAACAGUGACGGUUGCUGAUGUGGGAGGUGCGAGCUUCAGUUGGUUGGUCGGUCGGUCGGUCGGUCGGUCGGUCAGUCGAUCAGCUGCACUAGGACUUGUAGGAAACCUGAAGGUAUUGCUCGACAACUCGAUUCAGCCUACACUUUGAACUGUGCUGUGGGUCGGUCAGGAUUGUUGUUGCGGGUGAAUAUUUCGCUUGAACAGGUGAAUUUAUGGCUGGGUAACGCAGCACAGAUAGUCGUCCUAGUUGGCGCGCGUUUUCAAAAAAGUGACUAAAAGUUCAAGGUUUGUUGAGAAUGUGUGGUAAGAGCGUGGCUGUCAUGGAUGGAGCCGCGAGCACCAUGAUACAGAGCCACCGAGGCACUUCCCAAGCGUCUUAUUCUUCAGGAAGGAGUGCUGUGGAUGAAGAGAUCUCGGCGAUGUUGCACAGUGGAAAUUACUCGCACAUUAGUCAAGCACCGCUUGCUGUGUCCGUAGGACUAGAACAUUUUCCUUAUUCUGUGUACCAAGGUUACCCAGGUAAUCAAACUCGACCUGUUCCGACGACGCAACGGAAUACAAACAUGCCUCGGGGAGAAAUAGGCGACGGGAAUGCACAUGUUGGGCCUCUACUGCACAGAGGAUCUCCUCCUCGGCAUUCAACUUUCAACUUGGAAGAGAAAUACGUGUUGGAAGCUAAAAGCGAAGCGUUGGACGCAAACGUACUGCGGAAUGGUGCUACUUAUGGCACAAUCUAUGAGAAUUCGAGACCAUCGGCGAUGAGCACGACUGUGCCCUUGCUGCACCGCUACCAUUCAGCUCCUGCAAGCACGUAUUUGACCCAGAUGAAUGAGGAGCAGAUCGGUAACACCGUUAUGUCUUCGAUUUUUACGGAUGGAGGGCUCACCCCCAUAACAGAAAACAUGGACGUUGAGCGAUUGGGCUGCGGGAACUCAAACUCGAACGAAUUCGAGCAUUACUUAGCCCCAGAGAACGAUUUCAGUCGCCGGGCUGCGUUUUCGGCUCUUCACAGGGAAGAGGCAACGCCCGAUUCCUUUGCGACCACGUUCCAGAAUUCCAAGAAUGCGGUGUUAUGUCAAUCAAGCUUAUCGUCUGCUGGGUUGUCGCAACCCAAUAUAUCCAUGCAAGAUAGGAUGGCUGAGAAUGGCUCGGAAAAGAACAGCUCUCGCAACUCGGACGAUAAUAAUCACCUGAUUAGCGGUUACGCGGCAUCGAUAUAUUCUCAAGAGGACUGUCACUGGAAAUCGCCUACAAGUCCAGCCAAGAGGCAACGGGGACUGGACGGCGAGAGUGAAACCUCGAGCGGCUCAGUCGAAGGCUCGACGUAUCGGAAAAGCCAACAAGGUGGCUUAAUCCGUCACAUGAGCUUACCACACUCAACCAACGGAGAUUCUAGUAGCCCAGGAGUGGAGGACAACACCUUCCACACGGUCCCUAUGCGCACCCGUGCGAAACGAGGAUGCGCCACACACCCCCGCAGCAUCGCAGAGCGCGUGCGCAGGACGAAGAUCAGCGAGCGGAUGAAGAAGCUCCAGGACUUGGUUCCCAGCAUGGACAAGCAGACCAACACCUCCGACAUGCUAGACGAGACCGUGGAGUACGUGAAAUCGCUGCAGCGACAGGUGCAAGAGUUGAGCGACACGGUGGUGCGGCUUGAAGCCGCCGCAGCACAAAAAGUAUCAAAUACCUCUCAUAGCCCAGAAAUCGCAUAGACCUCUAGUAUUAGUUUAACUUUAGGUAGAUUAUAUGACGAAGUUGUGAUCCCGGAGGGGGUUCGAGUGUAACAUAUUGCGACGAUCGGUGCCUGAAGUUGGUAUGAAUGCCCCUUUCGAAGUUUGUACAGAA